AUGAAAAAAAAGCGACUGGCUUGGGCUCGGCAACAUCGACAAAUGACAAUUGAGGACUGGAAUAAGGUGUGUUUCUCCGAUGAAUCAACUUUUGAAAUUUUGGCCGACAAAAGUAGCUUCGUCAGACGGCGCCCAGGUGAAAAAUAUUAUCUCGACUGUAUCGUGGAGAGGGUAAAACACCCUGUCAAAAUAAUGGUGUGGUCAGUCAUAAGUGCCAAGGGUGUUGGACGGUUCUACGUUGUCCAGGGGACCAUGAGAUAA